AUGGCGUCGGAAGCAACGAGAAAGAAUCCCAUCGCCGUAUUUAUGGCAUUUGGUACCAAAGGCGACGUUUAUCCGAUCUCCGCCAUAGCUGCAGCUUUUGCUUCUGCUCGGAAGCAGUAUGAAGUCGCAUUUGUGACCCAUUCAGCUCACGAGGACCUGCGUGGUCAUCUGGGAAUAAAAGGAGUUCAAUAUUUCCCAAUUUUUUCGCCACCCACUCUAUCUUCUGUGCAAGAAAACAACAAUACUGGAGGCUCUACGGAGGGGUCUUUUUCUAUGCAGAAGCAUGAGAUCACGAGAAAACACAGGAAAGAAUGUCUUUUAGUUGUUGAAAGUAUCUAUGGAGAAACCCCGACCAUUGAUGGUGAUCUUAUUAUCAUAAACUUCUUUGCACUGGAAGGUUGGAGUCUUGCAGAACUAUUUGAUAUUCGGUGUGUUGUUGCUGCUCCAUAUGUUGUUCCAUAUAGUGCCCCUUCGUCUUUUGAACGUCAAUUUAGGAAUGAACUUCCUCUUUUGUACAAGUAUCUUCAACAAGCUCCAAUUGGCAAGAUUGGUUGGGAAGAUGUUACUCACUGGAUGUGGCCACUUUUCUCCGAAGAUUGGGGAACGUGGAGAAGCCAUGAGCUGCAAUUGAGCUUCUGGCCUUUUACGGAUCCAGUAACUGGCCUCCCAACUUGGCAUGUUCGACCUCCUUCUCCCAUUCUACUGUAUGGCUUUAGCCAAGAAGUUGUUGAGUGCCCCGGUUACUGGCCUUCAGCAGUUCGGGUUUGUGGCUUUUGGUUUCCUCCUGUUGAAUGGCAGUUCUCCUGUUCCAAGUGUGCAGAAAUUUCAUUGAGGAAAUUGAAUGCUGAGAAUGAGUUAUGUUCAAUGCAUGCCAAGUUAGACAAAUUUCUGGAUUCUUCUGCAGAGCGGCCUAUUUUCAUCAGUUUGAGUUCCAUUGGUAGCAUGGGUUACAUGAGGAAUCCCCAGGCAUUUCUUCGUGUUAUUGAAAAAGUCUCGAGUAUCACAAAGCACAGAUUUAUUCUGUUGUCUGCUGGUUAUGGACCUCUUGAUGCUGCUAUCCAAUUGUUUGCCCAGACACCAUCAUCAAAUACUGAGCGAAUCGAAUCUACUGAAGUCCAGACCUGCCUAUUUGAUGACAGACUAUUUUGCUUUUCUGGUGCUGUGCCAUAUAGCUGGCUAUUUCCAAGAUGUUGUGCUGCCAUUCAUCACGGUGGAAGCGGAUCUACUGCGGUGGCUUUACGUGCAGGAAUUCCUCAGGUCAUCUGUCCAUUUAUUCUCGAUCAAUUUUAUUGGGCCGAGAGGAUGUGUUGGCUUGGUGUUGCCCCCGACCCAUUGGAUCGAUCUUGCUUGGUCCCGGAUGAAGAUGACGACACGUGCAUAUCAAAAGCUGCUAAUGUGAUUGUCAGUGCAAUUAAUUAUGCGUUGUCUACUGAGGUCAGAUCGCGUGCGACACAGAUUGCUGAUAGAAUAUCGACAGAGGAUGGUGUCUCGACAGCUUUGAGGGUAAUUGAGAAAGAAAUCCUUUGCUCAGAUUGA